AUGAAGGUCUGGAACGCUACAAUCUUUCUAGUACUAUCCCUUUGUCUGUUGGUUAUCGCUCCUGGCGCUUUGGCUGCCGUCAAGGGAGAAAAUUCGGGAACACAGGCAACUCUAGAAGACGAAGAAACCUGUUCGAGUGAGGAUGGUGGUACUUGUGCUUCGAGUGGUGAGGCAGUAGUACAAGUGGAGGAUCUGUCACGCUGUGAGGAUAGGAACGACGGGUGCCGGUAUUGGGCCGAUUCGGGAGAAUGUUUGACCAAUCCACGUUACAUGUGGGUCUACUGUGCGCUUUCUUGUGGGAAAUGUCAAGUCGAAGAGGACAUCCAAACUUAUGGAGAAGGAGACAUCGACAUGGGAGUCGAGCAAGGAUUGGGCUCAGCUUCGUUCUCACCAGAUAAAGUGCUCAUGGCCAUUGCAGAAUCCGAGCAUUACCUCAAGACGACCAUGAUGAAACAGAGCAUACGAAACAAAUGCAAGAAUACACAUGCCGACUGUACGGUUUGGGCUCUAGAUGGGGAAUGUGAGGAAAAUCCAGGAUACAUGAAAAUGAAUUGUGCUCCCGCCUGUCAAUCCUGCUACUAUCUUUCGACCGAGACCCGAUGUCCCAUUGACCCAGAGGCACCUCUUGCUUGGCAAGCAGGAGACCUUGAUAGAAUGUUUCAAAAAUUAACUCAGGAACCGUAUCUAACAAAGUACAAUGUGACCAUAUUGGCGUCUCCGAACACGAACGGUCCAUGGGUCAUUACCAUGGAAAAUUUGAUUCAACCCGAUGAAGCGGAUCGAUUGAUUGCUUUGGGCCAGGAAAUGGGAUUUGAACGAAGCAAGGGCAUGGCCAAGAUCCAUCCGGAUGGUACCCCGGAACAUGUGGUCAGUGACGCUCGGACGUCUACCCAAACCUGGUGUCGAGAAGAUUGUUCGGCCGAUCCCAUGUCCCGUCAAGUGAUUGAACGAUUGUCCAAUCUCACUGGUAUUGAUGAAAUGAACUCGGAGUACUUACAACUACUGGAGUAUGAACCGGGUCAAUAUUACCAUAAUCAUCAUGACUAUCUGGCAAAUGAGCUGAAAAGGCAACAAGGAGUUCGUAUUUUGACGGUCUAUCUGUAUCUCAACAAUGUAGAAGAGGGAGGUGGAACCGAAUUUGAUCAACUGGGGAUUACCGUCAUGCCCAAAAAGGGAAUGGCUCUGCUUUGGCCAUCAGUUCUAAAUGAAAACACUGCGGCAAAGGACGAGCGGACCACUCAUGCAGCUUUACCAGUUAUUAAGGGUAUGAAGUAUGGUGCGAAUGCCUGGUUUCAUUUGCGCGAUUUCAAGACUCCUCAUGGCAAUCAUUGCACCGAGUGA